AAUACAAGUAAAAAGAAAAGAAAACUGUAGGCUGUUGUGUGCUGAUCUCAGAGGUCAGUUUGCAUCUGUUUUCAGAUUUUAUUCAGUCUACCUACUUGUAUUUUUGCUAAAAUGUCAGUAUAAUUCUUGUAUUUUAUCAUGCCCCUCAAUGCAAUACAGCAUAAAAAAUAAAACUAAUAACUGAAAUAUGUUGUAUUGUCAUAAAGCUGUCCAGCAGUAUAUAAACACAAUCAUCUUCAGCUGCAAAAUUAAAGCAAUAAAGACUCUAAUUAAUCAAUAAUAUAACAAUUAUGACCCCACAUAAAGAGUAUUAUUAGAUAUUGAUGAUAAAAAUGUUUUUUUUUACUUUAGUAGGAUUAAGUAGAAUUUUACCCAGAUACAGAGCGUAAAUACUUGUUUUUCCAUUUUUUCACUGUUUUUUUUUUUUUUACAACAGUUACUCAUUAGUCUACAAAAGGCGUGUAAGUGUGCAAUAAAGUGCAAUGCCACUUUUCACAUUUCACCUAAAUUCAUGCAUAGAGCUGCAUAUGAGCCUGAAUUUCAGACCACUGUCAUCAAUUUCUUAAAACUAUAUUUCUCCCUUUAUUUCAUAGAGAAUCCUUGUAAAUCUAACCACAUGUUUAGGAUGCCUACAAGUCUUCCACUUGAAAAAUGUUCUUUCGGCUUUGCUGUGCCUGUUAAUUGGUACCUUUUUAAACAUGGUAGUGGAUCGUUUGCCUGCUGAAAGGAGAACAAGAUAAGGAUUUGCAUAAUAUGCCUGAUAUGGAAAGAGCCACAAGACAGGCAAAAAGCACACAGCGGUAGAGUCUUUCAUGGGGAUUAAAUGCACUGUGGAGAAAUAGAUGUUUCAUCAUGUCUGUCUACAGAACAGAUCAAGCUUUCAUCUGUCUUCUGAUUGUCGUGAUGGUAGGAGGCGAGGUGCAGGAAAGCCUUUCAUCCGAGUGUAAGCAAUUUUUGUAUAUGGGGACGCUGCUUCGAGGGCUUCAAGAGCAGUCGUUUAAAAAGAUUUGCCAGUUCUAUGGGGGUAAGCCACGAUUUGUAACCCUCUACGACACCUUCAACCACAUCCCUAUUUAUUCUGCCUACACCUUCAAGCGCUCAGACGGCUCCAAGAAAGUGGACGUGCCUUGGAUGUAUGAGCCGCAGCUCUCCUCAGUGUCCGGCCCCAGAGACAUGCAGCAGCUGCCUUCAGAAAAUGUGCACGGGAGUUUUGAGGAUGCUCAGGCUGUGCUUGAGGACUACUCCGACACUGUGAUCUACGAACGCGGUCAGCUCAAUCCAGACGAGCACCAGGCCGACCCUGACGACAAAGCAGCCACCUACACGUUGACAAAUGUGGUUCCUCAGGCUCGUGAGUUCAACAUUGGUCCAUGGAAACAACACGAGAACACUAUCCGCAGGAGGCUCAACAACUACUGCAGGGGCACCGCCUAUGUGGUCACCGGGGUCACCACGUCGGGCCACACAAUCCGCCGUCACAACAUCAACCGUGUGGGCAUCCCUACCUACCUGUGGUCAGCCUACUGUUGCCCUGAUUAUGACCACAAUGCUCCGUACUCCGAGCGCUCCAAGUUCCCUGCGUUUGCAUCUCGUGGGCUCAACGACAGAGAAAAUAAUAAAGUUAUAGAGAUGACGGUGCAGCAGCUGGAGGAUUUCCUGAAGAGAGUAACUUAUGUUGACAGCUCUUUCCAGAUAUUCUAUGACAACUGCCUGCCUCCUAAUGGUGCACCACAUUUGUCUUAAAAAAAUUUAUUACAUUUCCAUUAGUGUGUAAAACAAUCAAAAUGUUUGUUCAUCUUCACAUUAUCUCUGGCAAACCCAUGCUCCUUAUAAAUUAAAACUACACCUGCCUCUGUAGGCCUUUUGUUCAGGACAGAGAUUAGACCAGCUGUUUUACAUUUUCUCGUACACCUUAACUACAGCACUUCUCUGCACCUCAGUUUGCACUAGUUCUACAGCCUUAGAAGAGCAUUUCUACAUUUUGGGAAAAGUACUCGCUGCUAAUUGCUCUGACAUUUGGAUUUUAAACUGUACCAUUAAAUGUGAACUACACACAAAAGAAACCACAUUAUGGCCAUUUAAUUUGAAUAUAAAAAUAAAAUCCUCUUUCUGUCUGCUACUCUAUUUGUUUGUGAC